AUGUCAGCUGAGCGACAGUUGGCACUGAUUGAGGAGCCUGCGAACAAGGCCACGGACCCAUCCUUGUUGGCGAAGGCGGAUAAGGAAAAGGACGACAGCGGGUUCGGUCUAAUAUUCAACACCAAGAAGCCUAGUCACCUGGGUACGGGCAUUGUCUCGGCGACCGGGAACGUGCUGAAGGGCGUGGGGCUGGGUGUGGGCACUCUCAUGGCGGCGCCCGUGGUGGGAGGUUACAACGAGGGGGCUAAGGGAGUCUUGAAAGGGUUCGGCGUGGGUGUAGCGGCCGUCGUGGCGCUCCCGGUGGCCGGUGUGGUCACGGGGGUGGGCCAGCUGGGCGGCGGUGCAGUCAACACGGUGCAGGCCGUGCAGGAGAUCGGGAAGGGCACGGUCUACAACGACAAGACGGAGAAAUGGGAGCCCAAAUACCGCAAGUUGUCUGAGGACUUUGCCGAAGCCAAGACGCGUUACGACGAGUACCAGGCGGAGAAAGCUGCCCGCAAGGCCGCCGGUUCUGGGGGAGCCGGGACGCCGCAGACGGACGGAGCGGGCAGCGUAGUGGACACGGAGUACUACGACAUUCUGGGUGUGGCUCCCAACGCCAGUCAGUCGGAGAUUCGGAAAGCCUACUACAAGCUGGCAAAAGAAAACCAUCCUGACAAGCUUCAACAGCAAGUGAAGAACGACCCCGAAGGCGUGAAGCAAGCCAAUGAGCGCUUCCAGCAAAUUGGAGAGGCCUACCAGGUCCUCGGCACCGAGGCGUCACGCGAGCAGUACGACCGCCACGGCAAACAGGCGACUGAGAACAUGGAGUUUAUUGACCACUCGCUGUUCUUCGGUUUGCUGUUUGGCAGCGAAGCCAUGACCCCGUACGUGGGCAACUUGGCGCUGGGGAGCAUGGUGGCCAACGGGGAAGAAAGCGACCGCGUGGAUUUGAACCUGAAGGUGGACGACCGCGAGCAGAGUUUCAGGGAGCUGCAGCUGGCCGUGAACUUGCGCUCGAUGUUGGCGCCUGCGGUCGAGGCGAUUAAGCUGGGGCGCAAUGAGGACUUCGGGAAGUGGAGAGACGCGCAGAUGAAGAUUGCGGACGAGUUGUGCAAGGAGUCCUUCGGAUGGCAAAUGGUGGACGCCGUCGGGUUUACAUAUGAAAACUAUGGCGCCCACUUCAUCGCCAAGAAGGACACCUUUAUGCAAAUGGGCACCGCCAAGACCAAGCUUCAGAAACAAAAGCGGAAGGCAGAGACCGUGUUCUCAGCCCUGAAGGCCGUUAAGUCCGCAAACGACUUGAACAAAAAGGUCCAGAAGGUCCAGAAGAAACAAAAAGCGGAAGAUGCAGCGGCGACUGAAUCCACCAGCAGUCCCUCCAACGCCGGAGCAGCUACCGGGAGCGCUCCCGAAAACAGCACUGACGCAACUCAAGGCAUGACCCAGGAAGAAAUGGAGCUCAUGGAACAGAGUCUGAAGCACGUUUUGAACCUUAUGCUCCAGCUCUGCAUCCAUGAUGUCCUCAACACAGUCCGAGUCGCUGCACAAAAGUACGUCAACGAUCGCUCCGUCCCGUACGAAGAACAACGCUUACGCGCCUUCGCUUUGAAACAUCUCGGAGACAUUUUCAAAACCGCCUCCAAACCUUACAAAGAAACAGGAGGUAAAAACACCGAUCUGGACGCCCGAGACUACAUGCAAGAAGCAUACAUCAAAAUGGCACAAAAAAUGGACGAACGACAAAACCAAUCUUCUCCGGAAUCCAACACCUAA